AUGAAGUCGUGCGGAUUUUUACUCCGCAUUUUCCUCGCGAUUUUUCUUGGUAUGUGUGUUUUCUCUUGCAACUGCGAGGCUGAAAGUGUUUGCCCACCUCGGGCUGUGGGCAUGUUAGCACCUGAGGGUGUGAAAUGUGUUUGCCAGGACGCAUUCUAUGGCGAGAAGUGCCAGUUUAGAGGUAAGAUUUAAACUUGUCUUUUUAUACUAUUUUCUGGAAGGAACAGUUCCACAUUUGCUCCACGGGCAAGCUGUUGCAGGAAACAAGUUCAUAUUCAACUUUCAAAAUGUAUGACAAAAAAAAUAUUUAUUGUUCCUUUUGGCGACUGAAGAAAUACCGCGUUCAUUCAUUUUCAACUUUCAAAAUGUAUGACAAAAAAAAAUAUUUGUUGUUCCUUUUGGCGACUGAAGAAAUACCGCGUUCAUUCAUUUUGCGAAUGUGCGAAAUAUAAUUUUGCUUACUGUAACAAAAAGCAAAUCGAAACAAUUUAUGCUAGAUACUACAGUUUUUAUAGUUGCGUUUUGGCAGGAAUAGAACACAGUUGUUUUGGUUGCAAAUUUAAAGAAAAUUAACUUGCUAAAUUUCAAUAGAAUAUAGUUGUAUCGGUUGGCCAAAAAUUGGGGGUUCAUUAAUUUAAUUGUGAUGUUUUCUAAUUGCGCGAGUGCUGAACUCAUCCGCGCGCAUGCAAAAGUUAUCCUGCAUCGUUUUGGAAUUUGUCUUGUCACCAAUCAGAGUAUAUAAAUAAUUAUUUUUUAUAUAGCACACAACUCUCUGCCUAUUAGUGCGACUUGGUCGGGCAGGAACGUAGCCCGAGUUCAAUGGCAAACAGAAGAGCAAACUGAACCGUAUCAUGUGUUCGCGCGCAAAGUGAACUACGUCUCUGCUAAAUUUCCCAUGAACGGAAAAUGGACAUCUGGCAUGCGAUCACGCGUUGAAUGAAUCAGGUCACGAAGAAGUGAAUGACGAAAUGAAUGGCAAUAAGGAAGAAGGCAUUAUGAAAGGAGUGGCAGUCCUUUUGCGUCUAAACAAAACCUUCAGUUGGGAGAUUCGCCUCAUGUUUGAAGGCAACAAAAAUAAAUCGGCGGCAAUUUUUAUUGACCCGCCUACGUUUAGGGCUUAUGGUAAGCAAAAGAAAACGAAGAAUAAUGAGAAAACAACAACUACAACAGCCACAGUAACACACCAACACCAACACCACCAACACCAGCAACUAGUUGCUGGCAAGAAGAACGACAAAACUCCAUCAUAAUGUAAUCACAUAUUUAUUUUGUUUCCCAGCUCUACAGAAGAAUUCCACCAAUAAUAACAGCAGUGAAGCAGAAGGAUGCCCAUUCUACCGUUGCCCAGGUAACCAAACAACACUAGAACUACUUCAUUAUGCAAGUCUCUCGUUCAAAUAAGGUUUUGUAUUCGUGUAAUCUUCUUUCCGUCUUUUAUUUCAGAAAAGGCAAUUGGCUUCAUUAAAUUUUUUGAAGAUUUCAAUAAGCCCUGUUUUAACAAGGGUAUGAUCAUUGGCGUGGCGAUUGGUGUUAUUGCCACUGUUAUAGUCAGUGCUGUGAUAUACAGUGUAAUCAGGUAAUGAAAAUAUUAAUCAUUCUUUCGUUUCUUUCUUCCUUUCUUACUCCCUCCUUCCCUUCUUCAUCCUUCUCCAUCUCUCACUCCCUCUCCCUUCUAUGCUUCAUUUAUUCUUUCCUACCUUCCUUCCUCAUUUCUUCCUUUGUUAAACCCACAUUCAUACCUCAUUAUUCCCAACACCUACAUGCUCCCUUUCUUCUUCCAACCCACCUUCUCCCUUUCUUCCACUCUUCCUUCAUUCUUCUUCUUUUCCCCUCCCUUCUUUAUUUCCUCCUCCCUUCUUUAUUUCCUCCUCCCUCCUUUCUUCACCCUCCUCCUUACUCUCGUCUUUCCUCCCUCCCUCCUUCCAUCUUGAGUCCUUGCUUUCUCAAUCCCCCUUCCCUCUUCGGUCUGCCCACCCACUCUUCCUUCCUUCCUCCCUCCCUCCCUCCUUCCCUCCUUCUUCCCUCCCUCCCUCCCUCCCUCCCUCCUUCCUUCCUUCCUUCCUUCCUUCCUUCCUUCUUUGCUCCUUACUCCCUCUGACUCUCCCUCCUUCCUUCUUAUUUCCACCUUGCUCAUCUCCUCUUCCUCCUUCCCUGCAUCCUUCCUUCUUCUCCUCCCUUCUUUCCAUUUUCCUCCCUUCGUCGCUUUCUCCGGCUUUCCACCCGUCAUCCCUUCCUUUCUCUCAUUCUUUUUAUCCGUCAACCCAUUCUUCCUUCCUUCCAACAUCUGCAUCUUCCUCUCUGUCUUCGUGCCUUGAAUCUAUCUACAACUCCUUAAUUUUACCAUCCUUUUCUCAAUACGUCUUCCUAACUCCUUCACAUAUCUUCGCAUUCGAUCCUCACACAAAAUAUUUUUCCACUUCCUCACACAAAAUAUUUUUCCACUUCAGGCUUUGCAGCCGUUUCUGCUGCAAGAAGAAACCACAAUUCCACCAAAGCUCUGGGCCUCGCAAUGAAGAUACUGCUAGUCCGAAAUUCUCGUGUGAAAGCGUGAUAAUCGAUAUUCCCGAUGAGGAUACGUUGCAGAAACGACCAUGCAUCGCUGAAAGCCAAGAUGCCACGAGCGUUAAAUCGCUAUUUAUUACGAUCCCAGAAGUUACAAACAUUGUUCCCAAGUCUGCCAGCGUGUUGUGGUAA